UCAGGCUUUUCAAUUCCUGGAUGGCAGCAGAGUGCUAAUCCAACCUUCAUCCUGGAUUUCAUAAACUGAAACAGGGGAGGCUGGCAGGAGCAGCGCUGCCGGAUUGAGGAAGCUGACGACGGUGCAGCAUGUGGGCAACACGCUGUAUAAAGCUCAUAAACUUGUAGGCUGAUGUGUGCAGCUACCGCUUUGGAUUCUGUACUGCUGCUUCCCUCAGCACCAGGCACCGGGCUGAACAUUAAAACCUGCUCUUUGGGACCGAGCAUUGACCCCUGCAAGACAUGAAGGUCUUCCUGCUGCUCACACUCCUGCUGACACCCAUGCACGCUGGAACCGCUUGGAGUGCGAAAUACGCAGUAGAUUGCCCCGAGCCCUGUGAGAGCAAUGCGUGCAAAAGCACCUUGCGCUGUAAGCGGACGGUGCUGGAUGACUGCGGCUGCUGCAGGGUGUGCGCGGCUGCACUGGGGGAGACUUGCUACCGCACCGUCUCCGGUAUGGAUGGUGUCAAGUGUGGCCCUGGGCUGAAGUGCCAGUUUUACACUGAGGAGGAUGACUUUGGUGAUGAAUUUGGUAUCUGCAAAGAGUGUCCCUACGGUACCUAUGGCAUGGAGUGCAGGAAAACCUGCAAUUGCCCGUCUGGCAUCUGUGACAGAGUAACUGGGAAGUGCUUGAAGUUCCCGUUUUUUCAACUGUCUGCUUCAAAGCCUCCAAAUCGACGAAAAAUAAUUUCACACACAGAGAAUGACAUGGCAUCAGGGGAUGGCAAUUCUGUAAAAGAGGAAUUUGUUAAGGAGAAAGCAAUUCGGUCUCCGGUAAUGAAAUGGCUAAAUCCUCGCUGAUAUUUACUGACGCUAAUAAGACUGUCAAGUGAAUGCAUUUCUCACAGAUUAUUGAAUAUGCAACAACACACUUUAAGAACAAAGUAGAUCUAUAUCAUAUGAAAAUGUAACCUCUGAAGGGCAAUUGUGAUUCUGUUUUUCAUGAGAAAAAUGUUUACUUAAAAAUAGACUGUACAGUGUAUAUGAUUUUUGAUAUUUGUUUUGAUAAGUAUUUGAACAGAGAAACAUAUUGCGGAUUGCUGAAUGUAUAGUAAUAUUAAAAAAAAACACAACACAAUUCAUUUAAAUAAAGUCAAAGGCUGAUUCUUGCAGCCUCAGGCCAGGAAAGCUCUCACUGAAUUCAGUGGACAGUUUGGGUGUGUGAAACCACUGCAAAAGAAAUGCGCAUCAACAAAUGCCAGGAUAGAAAGCAAUGCCCCUCCUGAGUCACACUGACAAGAAUAAUAAAUAACAAUGUAGGAGCGCAAAGGUGUGAAUGAAAUAAGCCAAUGUUAGUCACCCAUCAUUUUAUGAUUUUUUUUUUUUUUUUAAAUUUGAUGACAAUCCCUUGGAGAUAAAUACACCUUUCUUCAGGAAGAAAACACCCAGCAUUUAAGUUUAUAUCUUAUGAAAAACUUAGUUGUUUACUGCAGUCAUAUAUUGUAUUAAGGUAGAUUUCUAAAGUUAAAUUCUGUACAGAGAAACAGAUGCUCUGUAAAUUAUACAGAUUUGUAGAGGAAGACCUGAAAAAAAAAAAAAAAAGCUGUUUAGCAUUACUUAUAUGUAUAUGUUUCUACAAAGCAGCUAUUUUGGUGCCAUUAAGGCAAUGCUUGCAUUCCUUGGGGAAGAGUGGGACCAAGGCCAGACAUCAGCAAGUGGGUCUUCGUACUUUCCAUCCUCAUCACUGGCUCCUGCCCCAUAAUUUAUCUACUUUAGAGUGCUGUAGGAACUGGCAGUCCACCAUUCAGCCCAAACUGGAUUAUGAAUUUGCAACAUAAUAAUCCACACUUUGAUGGGUUUUCUAAUACAUUUAGAAACAACCGGAUCCUCAGAAAAUGGAAAUGAAUGCAGCUAUAUCUGAGUGACCCUGGAUUGCAUGAACUGCCUCCUAAGGCAGAGCACUCUCAUUGGAAAUGCAGUUUGAAUUAUUUCCUCUGAAAGCAACGUGAGCUUUGACAGUGACCUCAGUGAGAGAAGGAGCACGCAGUACCACAGGCAAGGUUUGGUGCAGAAUCUCAAAACAUACCUUAAAACUAUGAACAGGAAACUUCAAAGACUUUCAAGAGUCCAAACCCUGAUCCAAAGCCAGCUUCAGUGAAAGCAGUGUGCUCUCACCUGGGAGGGAAGCUCUGAGCCACGCCGUGUCAGAACUAACGGACAAUGACAGCAGCGAACAUCCAGACAUCAGUAGGGCAACACGGGUCCUCUUGCCAUGACAGUCAAAGAAACAUAAAUAUAAGUCUUGAACUAGCAUAUACCACAUUUUAACCUGUAGAGAGAGCAUAAUAUUAUCUGGGGAUAUUUACAGGCAAAGAUAUUGCUUCUCGUCUAUUGAUAUAAAAAGUAAUCUUUUCUCAAUUUCAGUGAGAGCAGGAUCAAAACCAUGUUCCUUCAGCAGACUGAAGAGAAUUAUUUAAAGAAUGUAGUAAAUAUUUGCAUACAUUAUUACUAUUUUGCAGGUGUCAUAAAUGACAUUAUGAGUUCUUGAAUGUAAAUCUAAUAAGCUGGUUGAUUUUUAAAAGUAUAUGUUAUUAUUGUUCAAUAAAAAAAAAAGAC